UGUCCCUUUAAAGAAAACAUUACAUAUCACUGAGGUUGUUUAUCUCAGCAAGGGAAAUUGAAAUGCUGGGGGAGAUACAGGCAGUUAGAACUUUGGAUGUGAGUGGAGGUGAACAAAGGUGAACCUAAAGCCCUCUGGCGCUGUCAGCUAUUUUUAGGCGUGCCAAGGAAGAACAGCUGAAACACUUUCAGUUCCAUAUCCUGGUUUAACUUUGUGCUUUCGUUUUCUAGUAAUAGGCUACAUGCAUCUACAGUAGCACAUCAUGUCAUGUGCAUGCUAGCAGGGAAACGUUCUCACCCUAAAAUACAAAAUGCGUUUGAAUAGAGAAUGUAUAAUAGGCCUACUCUUACUAGGCCUACUGAUCGCUUAUUUACCUCAAGUGCAUUCAACUGAAAAAGAUGAUGAUUGGGUUGACUACACAGACAUGCUCCAUUACGAUGCAGUAACUCAACGCAUGAGAGGAGGGGAUGAUCCAUGUGCAACGUGCUACAAGAAAUACGGCUUAUGGGCCCCAAUAGUGGUGUUAAAGCAAGCACCAGCUGGUGACCUCCAGAAUAUCGGCCUGACUUUUCUACUAAUUAUUCUGGGUGGUCUCUGCAUCAGGGCCCUCCGUCAGUGGGGCAACCAGAGGCCCCCUCCUCCUGCCGCAGUGCCCCAAGCCCAGGCUGCGCACCGGAUGGUUGUCGGUAAUGAGCGUGGAACGAGGGAUGCCGACACCCAGACCCCUGAGCAAUGGAUAGCGCAGUGUCAAGCUUUGAGCCAUCAAGAGAUCCCACUUGAACCAGAGGAGAUACCACAGCGUCGUCAACACAGACACGAGGAUUCAUCUGAUAUACCAGAGAACCUGUCCAACACUGAGGGUCACGCGGUGAGAGCUCAGACAGGACCAGUUGCAGCAGACAACAGACAGCUCCGAGCACAAGAGCCACAUGAUCCUGCACCAUAUAGAGGAGAGAGUGACGGUGGAACAGACUCGGACAGUGAGAGAUACUGUAGUUCUCACUUUCCAGUUCCUGAGACCACAGAACAACAGCAACGGCCAACUCCAGAACCAUUUUGAGUGUCAUUGUCCACAGAUGGUAGACUUGGCAGGACGUGGACGUUUGCUUAAACCAAAAUACAUGCGCACCAUUCUGCAGUACCACCUCAAACUGUGAAUUACUGUAUGCCAAAGCACUGCCAAUUAAGCACUGAGAUACCGUCAAUACCUCCAUGAGGUGCGCAUACAGGUCUGCCUCUAGAUAGAUAGAUAGAUAGAUAGAUACUUUAUUGAUCCCCAAGGGGAAAUUCAAGAUGUGAAGCAGCACUGUAUAUUAUCAACAGCUCUGGACUCAUGGGUUCAAAUGAAUCACUGGACAAUGUAAAGGAUACCUACAAGAAAAGAAAGAUCUGUAACAGUUUACGUCAUAUGUAAAGUUCACCACUGACUACCCACUGUAAGUCAAAUGAGAAAUUUCAUGACUUUCCCUUCACUUUCCCAGACAUUAAACCCUGAAUUUCCAUGA